AUGGCCCCUGUCGCUAUUGCCGAAGACACACCUGCUCCCAUUUUCAACAAGAAACGGGAUGGCCAGGCUUUGGAGGAACUCUCUGACGCCAUCGAUGAGGUCAACGUCCUCAAGGACGCCAUAAAGGAGAAGGGUCUAUACGAAGAGUCCGAGUUUGACAAGGGCAAGGAUAAAACCGCCUUCCGUCAGUAUGAGGAUGCCUGCGACCGGGUUAAGAAUUUCUACAAGGAGCAGCACACUAAGCAGACCGUUGCCUACAACCUCAAGGCCCGCCAUGACUUCCACAGCAAGACCCGCGCCGAAAUGACUAUAUGGGAGGCGAUGGAGAAGCUCAACACCUUGAUCGACGAGUCUGACCCGGAUACCAGCCUCUCACAGAUCGAGCACCUCCUACAGUCCGCCGAAGCCAUUCGGCGUGACGGCAAGCCCCGUUGGAUGCAGCUUACUGGCCUGAUCCAUGACCUGGGAAAGCUGCUUUUCUUCUUCGACGCCCAGGGCCAGUGGGACGUGGUCGGCGACACCUUCCCUGUGGGCUGCGGCUUUGAUGAGCGGAUCAUCUACGGCCGCGAGUCGUUCAAGGAAAACGAGGACUUUGAGCAUCCUGUUUACGACACCAAGUUCGGCAUCUACAGCCCCGGCUGUGGUCUCGAUAAGGUCAUGCUCUCCUGGGGCCACGACGAGUACCUUUACCACAUCGCCAAGGAGCAGUCCACGCUGCCGGAUGAGGCUCUAGCCAUGAUCCGUUACCACUCCUUCUAUCCCUGGCACAACGCCGGCGCCUACCAUGAGCUGAUGGAUGACCAUGACAAGGAGAUGUUGCGCGCAGUCAAGGCAUUCAACCCCUAUGACCUGUACAGCAAGAGCGAUGGAAUCCCCAGCGCUGAGGAAUUGAAGCCCUACUACAUGGAGCUCAUUAAUGAGUACUUCCCCAACAAGGUUAUUCGCUGGUAA